AUGAAUAAAUAUACUAGGUAAUUGAUUCUGCAUUUAGAAGUUACUAUGUUUAUGUUUAUGUUCGCUUUCUUCCUUUUCUUCUUUCCUAUUUGGUGUGGUGGUUGAGUAUUCUUUCUUGAUGUCAUUGUUACGGUCAUAUUGCUGUCGCAAAUAUCCAAGGAAGAAAGGUAAUGAAGGCUACUUGAGCUUAAGGACGAUUUUAUGUUGAAUGAAUUUCAUUGAACUAGUGAGAGGUGCUCGCAUACGAUAUCACUCACUUGAUUGAUAAUUAGAAUUAUCGGCUUGUUGUUGUAUUCGAAUUGAGCUUGAGUCCACAUUGCUUUGUUCACAUACGAGUCGAAUUGGUGAACGAGAGAGCAAUAUUCGCAUGGAGCAGAUGAGAUAAUAGGCUGAGAGAAGGGCUGGAUUAUUGCGCAAAGAUGUCUCGUCUUAGAUUGACAAUUCCUUCUGCGUCAAAUCGAUUUACCAUGGUAAUUGAGAAGGGUUUUCAGGUUUUACUUUCAUUUAUCAUUAUUUGUGUUGUCUAUAGGUAUUGCUGGAUAGGUAACUACCCCUCUUUCCCCUCCGCACAACUAUAUUCUCUAAACAGACAACUAACAAUCAAUUUACAGAUAUCUCUGACCCAUACAAAUGUGGUGCUCUACUCAAUAAAGGUCAAUGGCUUGAUCCAGGUCCAAGAUGGAGUUCUCGGAAUCCUUUUCAAAAUUGGCAACCCCCAGGAUGUAUGAUGUAUGAAUACAAGCAAAAAGAUAUACAAGAAUGUUUCAAGGAUCGCAGAUUAGUUUUCAUUGGGGAUUCCACCACGCGACAAAUCUUCUGGGCAGUUGCAAAGAAGAUGGAUCAAGAAAGGGCAGAAGAAGGAAUCAAGGAACAUUUGGAGUUGGAGGAGAAACAUAAAGAUUUGGAGUUUAGUUCUUCAGGUGUUACGGUUCAAUUUAUUUGGGAUCCCUAUUUGAAUUCUACAGGACUGGAUCGAGAAUUAAAUAAAUUCAAUGCAAAUCCGGCCCAAGGUUCAGAGAUGGAUGAGAGUGCUGGUUUGAUAUUGUUGGGUGCUCCAGGUUUAUGGUAUGCGAGACAUGGACAGGAGAAUUUCUUCAAGGAUUUUAGGGAUUCGAUUGAACAUGCUAUUCCUUUUAUGGAUCAUGAUGGAGGGGAACAUGCUGUAAAAACCUCAGCAUCACAGCCAUUUCUUUCGAGGAAGAAAUCUCCAAAUUUCUUACUAUUAGCUCCAGUUCAGGUACCAUGGUAUCAAGCUUUAUCACCAUCACGAGAAGAAACUAUUACACCGGAAAAGAUUGAUCAAAUGAACGACUAUUUACAACAGGUUUCUGCACAUUCAGAAGCCGAUAUCGUUUGGAGUUUUUCACUUAUGACUUGGGCCGGUCGUGGAGGAUAUGAAGAAAGUGGAUUGCAUGUGGUUGAUAAUGUAGCUCAUCGAAAAGCAGAUGUUCUACUUAAUCUUCGUUGUAAUGCGGAUGCAGCAGAACGAGGUUAUCCUUACGAACGAACUUGUUGUAAUAAUUAUCGACAACCAAAUGUUAUUCAGUGGCUUAUCAUUUUGGUUGGGAUGAUAUUACUUCCUAUUAUCUUUUUGAUACGUCGUAAGCAUGUCUUACGAGUUGGAAAGUUUUUACCUCAAUCAGAGGUCCUUGGUGCUUUUAUGACUUUUGCUUUAGUAAUUUGCUAUUGCUAUUAUGCGGAUCGGACUCAAUUAUUUGAGAAAGAGCAAAAGCAAUUUCAUAGGAGAGAAUUUCUUAUUGCUUCUUCCGUCGUACUUGUCAUUGGUCUUCUUUCUAUUAGGACGACCACCCAUUCGAGUCCUUCCAAGGGAAUUCAUGAAAUUGGAGCUCAUGCUCUCGAUUAUGGAUUUCUUUCGAGAGAUCAAACUGAUGAAUGGAAAGGAUGGAUGCAAUUUUUGAUUCUCAUUUAUCAUUAUACCCAUGGAUCAAAGACUCUAUGGUUAUUUGAGAUUAUGCGAAAUCUUGUUGCUGGUUAUCUUUUCAUGACGGGAUAUGGACAUACUAUGUAUUUUCUGAAGAGAGAAGAUUAUUCUUUCAAAAGAGUCGCUAGUGUUUUGCUUCGGCUCAAUCUAUUAACUUGUGCCUUGUCUUAUAUGAUGAGAACUGAUUAUAUGGCUCAUUAUUUUGUUCCACUUGUCAGUUUCUGGUUCUUGGUAGUUUACUUUACCUUGAAAAUAAGACACGAGGGCAAUUCCAGUACCGGAUUCUUGUUGGGGAAAAUCUUCAUUUCAGCUAUUCUUACAACAGCUUUUUUAAAAGUCCCUGGAGUUCUGGAAGUUCUAGCUUUUAUCCUCAAGUAUUCAUGUGCGAUUUCAUGGAAUAUGAAAGAAUGGAGAUAUCGUGCUGGGAUGGAUAUGUUCAUCGUUUACAUCGGCAUGAUAACAGCAAUUCUUUACUUACGUCUCACACGCAUCAAAUCCGCCUCCAUAAGUUGUACAUCUAAAAUCGAUACCCUUCUUCGACCAAUAGCUCGUCAUCCUACUUUCUUCAGGACAGCCUCCAUAAUAGCCUCACUUAUUCUCCUCCCGGGUUUCCGUCUCUUAACCAAAAGAUCUCCCGAUAAGGAAGAUUACCUCUGGUGGCAUCCUUAUAUUUCCUUAGUCCCUAUUCUGUCUUUCAUUGCGUUGAGGAAUGGGAGUAGAAUGCUGAGGAAUUAUCAUUCAGUGAUUUUUGCGUGGUUGGGGAGAUGCUCGCUGGAAACGUUUGUACUGCAGAGUCAUAUUUGGAUGGCGGCGGAUUUGAAAGGGUUAUUGCGAUUGGGGGUUUGGGGGAGGUGGACUGAGGCGGCAUUACUUACGGUGGUUUUUGGUUGGGUGGCUUGGAGAGUGCAGGGGGCUACGGAGAGGAUUGUGGGAUGGUUUGUUAAUGGAUGUUUUGGGAUGGGAGGGGGAAGUGGGUGUGGAAAUGGAAGUGCUGGGCUGGGUGUAGGGGGACAGGAAAAAUAUCUUUUGGGUGAUGAGGUUGGUGGUGUGGGAAUGGGGAAACUGGGAUUAGGAUUAUUACCGAUGGAUGAAGGCGGAGAUGAGGAGGAUACUCCAAGUAAAUAUUUUAGGCUGGGAGGUUGGAGUGGUGGUGGGGAGGGAAGUAGGAGUGCAAACAGAAAUGGAAAUGGGAAUGAGAAUGAAACGGGUGUUAGGUACUGGAGAAAUAGAAUCGUGAGGGGUCUGAGUACGGAUUUGAGGUGGAGAGUUGGUGCGUUGUUGGUUGUGUUUUGGGUGGGGAAUUGGGUGUAUAGAUGAUUAUGAGGAACAGGAACAGGAACAGGAGGAGGAGGGGAAAUAUGUGUAUUAUUUUUGAGAGACGGGUAGGAGGAACAUGGCGCGGAAGGGGGUCGGGGAAUGGUUAAAGAUGGGUUAGAAAUAAUUAGUAAUUAGCGAUGAAGGUAAUCUUACCUAGCCUCAUAUACUCAACUCAGAAGAGUUAUGAACAUCCUUAUACACGGACAUAUAUAGACACAUAAA